GAUUCCGGUAUUUCAAUUUGUAGAUUGUAAUUUGUGUUCUCGUAAUUUGUUCCUCGUCAGUUUUCAAGGGUCCUAGAUUGGUAGUCGGCAAGAUUUGAAAAUAUUUUUUUAGUUCCACACUUUCACAUCCAACGUGUUAAUAACCACUGCCCAAAUAAAAUGUUACCUCUUUCAUUAUUAAAAACUGCUCAAAAUCACCCAAUGCUGGUKGAAUUAAAAAAUGGUGAAACUUACAAUGGACAUUUAGUGACAUGUGAUAGUUGGAUGAAUAUCAAUUUACGAGAAGUGAUCUGCACAUCUAAAGAUGGAGAUAGAUUUUGGAGACUUCCAGAAUGUUAUAUCAGGGGUAGUAUGAUUAAAUACUUGAGAAUACCAGAUGAAAUUUUUGAUAUGGUGAAAGAAGAUAUAGUUGUAAAUAAAGCUCGUGGUCGAACAGAUAACCAGAAAAAUCGUGCUCCUAGAGGAGCUAGACAAGGGUUCAGUGGAAGAGGAGGUGGUGGUAACAACCGAGGUACUGGACCACAACAGAGAGGUGGUCCAAAUAAGUUUAGAGGAAAAUAAAUUGCGGCUCUCAUAAGUUCUAUUCAUACAAGAUUUGUAAUAUGUAUAUUUAAAUUCAGAAAUGUAAAAUUGCUAUAACAGAUGUAAUGAAAAUUCUCAUAUUUCUUAAAUUAAUUAAGAUAACUUCACCUAACUAAUAAUGUUUUAUUAUGAAAAAAAAAUAUAACUAUUU